AAGCAAACCUCUGCAACGGCCUCGGCGUGUGACGUCCUCACCACCGCGACGAUUGCUGGAACGAGGGUCAUGCUGUACACCCAGAAAGACUACCCACUCGGGGAGGCGCUGGUGGCGGAGGCGAAGGCAAAGGCGCUCUUCCUUUGGGCCACCGACAACAACCGCACGUUUCGCGUCGGGCCCAUUUCCACCGACGCUGCUGGAAAUACUCCGCUCUCCAGCGCCCUGCUGUACUCGAACGACAAACUGCACUUUUUGCAGGAGAGGGGCAACAGGACGACCGCGGGCCUGUUUUUGUCCCCCCUGACGGAGGAGCUGGGGACAAUCACGUCCGUCUUGGGCACUUGGGCAAAGCUGGACUCCGCCUUCUCCGAGUCGUCUGUGCCCACGGCCGGCCUGGUUGGAUUCCUGUCCAAUGCGUCGAGUGAUGCAGCGUGGGACGACGCGUACCGCUGCCUGAACGCAGUUGUGACGAAUGGAAAGAAGGUCGACAAUGGCUUUGAGUUCACUGGACCCGAGUCCUACGCCUUUUGGCCCGUGAACAUGUGGGACUAUGGUCACGUGUACGGCUUUGUGAAUUACGCGUUCACGCUUGUGGCGACGGUGACCAUCCAUCAGGCUCCGAAAGGGAGCGCGCCUCUGCUGGGUGCGAGUCUGGAGGACUAUGGCAGCACGAAGUUCGUGGGGCUGGCGUACACUGCGGAGAUGAAGUGGGAGACGGUCUUAAACGGCACGGCAACCGCACCCAACAGCAAUUGGGAGCUGGGGAAGGAGUACCAAGUGGCGCUUGUGCUGCAGGGCAGCAGGGGCUCCGUGUACGUGGACGGCGAGCUCGUGGGGAGCUCCGACGCGCUGCCAACACCCGAGGCACGGAAUUACGAAAUCUCGUACUUGUACUUUGGAGACGAAGCUGGCGGCACGGACAGAGGCGGUGGCAGUGUGACGGUGACGAACGUCUUUUUGUACAACCGCCCGCUGAGCGAAGCGGAGCUCGCAGCGCCUGCGAAGGGCCCCGCCGCCUCUGCAGGGCAGCAGCGAGGCACCCCGUCACCUUCCGGGGGCUCCGGUAACUCCAACGCGGCCGAAGAGUCCAAAGAGGAGGUGGAUGCGCACGGGGCGGCCAGUGGCAGUGAGGAGUCGGCGCCGUCAUCGUCCCCAGAGCAGGGUGCGGGCACUGGACGUGAAGGAACUGGGACUGGGCAGGCCGUCGGUGCGGAGCCCUCUGGGCAGCAACGAGGGUCCUCGCCUCCCGCAGACGAUGCAGUCACGGCGGGCCCGGUGGGUGACGCGUCUGUGCAGAGUGGGCCCAUGGAUGACGGCCAGGCGCAGCAGACCCCUCCGUCGCACGCGCCAGAGAACGUUGGCGGCGUGCCGUCUGCUUCUGCCGCGCCCACCAGCGAGACGCCAAACGCUGCCGCCAAGGAAAAUGGCGCAGACCCCCAAACUGCGGCGGGCUCGGACGGCGGCCACGAGACACCCAGCAACGCCGCCACGGCACCCAGCAACGCCGUCACGGCACCCAGCAACGCCGUCACGGCACCCAGCAACGCCGCCACGGCACCCAGCAACGCCGCCACGGCACCCAGCAACGCCGUCACGGCACCCAGCAACGCCGCCGCGGCACCCAGCAACGCCGCCACGGCACCCAGCAACGCCGCC